UGAAACUUUAAAGAGAGUUAAAGUUAAUUUUUCUUGAAAUAUGUCAUUUUUGAAAACAGCACAUUCAUUGAAAACAAGAUGUGGACAAAGAGGAAUAAAUAUAUUGCGCCAAUCUUUUUCUUUAAAUGCUGCUUUAUUGGAUAAAUUUAAGGAAGGAGAAGAUCCACAUCCUAGAAUACGAAAACGUAUGAAUGAGAUAGUAAAUGACGAAACUUGGCAUACCAGAAGAAGUCGUAAAGAUAUUGGAAAUUUGAACCAAGAAAGAAUUGAUAAUGUUCUUCACACAUAUAACACAUGCAUGAAACACUCGCAUAAUGUUCCUCAAUUUAAACAGUGUAUUGGCAAAGCUAAAUGUGAGGUUCAUGAAAUAGAUCAAACUUCAGUUAGACAUAAAUUAGAAGAUACUCUUGACAAAUCAAGGAAUGUUCGUCCCAGAGAAUGAUAUGGCGCUGUUUUCAAUAAUGUCAUUUUACCAUCAUCUUUACCAUCAAUUAUUUGAAUACAUCCAAACCGACCAAACGAAUGUGUAUGAUUUGAUUUAUAUUAAAGGUUUGAUUUGCAAUUUACGCUUUAUGCAAAAGCAUGCUUGAUCAUGAAUUUCGGUAGUGUGGAAACUGCACCUACGCCAUCCAAAUUCAACACCAUUUCCUAUGACGAAUAAACCAACUGAGUAAAAGGCAAAACACACCUUUAUACAAUUUAUUAAGGAUGCAUAUAUGUGUAUAUGUUUAUAUUAUCAAUUUGAUUUUACAUGCAUACUGUAAACUUAAAUAUGAUUUACAUAAAUAUGUUACCACGAAACAUGUAUUUUAUUUAGGCUCAAAUUAUAGAAAUUCAUAUAACAAA